UCCUUUUCCGCUUGGCGCUGCAUUGUGGGAUAAUAGUGUCCGUUGCAGGCGCAGUAAAAACAGACCGAGGCUCUGCAGAGCGGGUAUUUCAGUGUAUUUAGUAUAAGUGAGUUUAUAUUAGACACUGUAAUCUAUAUUACACGAUAUCACCAGGCUGGUAUCAGUGAUUAUCUCGGAAUUGGGGCGCUAAUGGAGUCGGACCGGUCGGAGCACAGGCUGUAUACCUCGGCCGAGAGCGAGUCCCUCACCAUCUCCGCUGAAGUGGAGCUCACUGGACAUGAAGUUGAACUCGGAGGAAAUGAAAUUGAAGUUGAACUGGCGGCGGACGAGGUAGAGCUGGUAGCUAAUGAGGUAGAGCUCGUCAGAAACGAGGUUCAGCUCGUCAGAAACGAGGUGCAGCUGGAGGAAGAAGAAGAUGAGAACCCCUUUCCUUAUUUAGUAGACUACUUCGGCUUCAAGCACAGGAAUGGUAACAGCUUCAUUAUGCAAUGUAAGCUGUGUUUACCCAUAGAGACCGAGCUGUCAGCCUAUAAAAACUCCGCAUCAAAUCUGCGCAAACAUGUGGAGAGGAAACAUCCAUCAAGGCUAAAGGACUUAAGUGACUAUGUGGCAUCACGGAAGCGAAACAUGAAUCCACCAGGAAUCCCAUGCAAGCAACCAAAAAUGAGUGAAGUCAUGAUAGUGGGUGCAAACAGACGUGUGCCACAGGCAAAAGUUAACAAGCUAAUAGUUAACUUCAUUUGUGAGGGUCUUCAUCCAUUUUCUGUGGUUGAACAACCUUCUUUUAAAGAACUUUUACUGACACUGAAUCCUCAAUGCAAGGUCAUGUCCAGUUUCAAUCUCCAGGGCAGAAUAGAAGGAGCUGCCACUCAAAUGAAGCACACUUUAUUGUCACACCUUAGUAAAGUCAGCUAUGUUGCCACCACUACGGAUUGUUGGACAGCACAACAGCAAAGUUACGUAAUGGUCACAGCUCAUUGGAUAGAUGAAGAUACCUUGAGGAGGAAAUCAGCUGCACUUGCUUUCAAGAGGCUGAAAGGGUCCCACACACUUGAUGGGUUAGCAGGGGCCCUUGAUGACAUUUAUUGUCAAUAUGGAAUAAGGGAGAAAGUGGUAAGAAUCACAACAGACAGCGGCUCAAACUUCAUUAAACCACUCCGUUCACCUGGGGAGCAAAGCCAGCUUGAAGAAGCGGAGUCAGACUCAGACCAAGACACUUUUGAUGAUCCCAAAGCUGAUUACCAGGACACAUUCAGCAUCCUGGAACAAGAUAGCGAUCUUGAGUACCAGCUUCCCCCAUAUCAAAGGUGUGCAUGCCACUUGUUAACCUUAGUUGCCACAACCGAUGCCACCAUGGCAGAAGAGAAGAAUGACACAUACAAGCGGCUAUCACGAGCAGCCUUUGGGAAAUGCCAAACAAUCUGGAAUAAGUCAGGUCGGUCCUGUGUGGCAGCAGAAACUGUGGAACAUAAAGGCAAACUCCAAGUCAUCCGGCCAAAUCCAACACAGUGGAACUCGAUAUACAUGGCUGUGGAGAGACUCGUAUUGAUCAUACAAGAGAAGGGGGAGGAUGCUAUCAGAAAUAUUUGUGAAAAAUCAGAAGUGAAAAUGCUGAAAACAGCUGAAAUUGCUUUCCUUACCGAGUUCUGCACUGUGAUGAAGCCUGUGGUGAAGGUUUUAAAUAUCCUUCAGUCUGAGACCAACACACACAUGGGGUGGCUCCUGCCAGUGAUCUUCCAACUACAAACAAAACUUAGCAGACUGGAGACAUCCUCCAAGAUGUGUCUGCCACUCAUCAGAGCCAUUCAGGAAGGAAUCCAAAAGCGCUUUGGUAGGAUGAUGGAAGACCCUGAGUUGAUUGCUGCAUCAAUUCUUUUGCCAAAGUUUAAGACCACCUGGACUGAGAGGGCUGACAUCGUAGAUGCAGGUCUGGCCUAUGUGAGACAACACCUUGACCAGAUGGCAGAAACUGGGGUGGAGCAGGUCAGACAACAUUCAUCAGAUGAAGAUGAUUUCUUUUCCUCUAUGAAUUCAAGAAGGUCUCAAGGUGCAGUGGAGCUGGAUGGGUACCUUGCCUGUUCCUCAAACAAGAUAGAUCUGCUGCGUGCAUUUCCAUACAUCAGAAAACUUUCUCUUAAACUCAACGUUGGCCUGCCCGCCUCAGCCGCCUGUGAGCGUCUUUUUAACUGUACUGGGGUGCUGGCUACUGCAAAGCGAGCAAGGAUGAACUCUACUGACUUUGAAAACCAACUACUGUUUAAACUUAACAGGAAGUUCAGGGAUUAAUGCCCUAAAGAUGGACACCCCAACAAAGGGACUGUAAUCUAGAUAUAGAAUAGAACAGCAUUCCACAGUUAAUGCUACCUUAACUGGUUGUUAUGUUUCAUAUAUAUAUUGGUGUUGCACUUUAAUUUGUAAAUAUGCUCUUUAAUAAUAAAAAAAAAUCAUUAUAAAAAAACAA